ACAAAUCCCUACUUCCACCAUAUUUACGUCCUCACUUUCAAUCGUAAAUAAUAAUACUUUAUGUUGAAAUUUGUCGUUGAAAAAUAAUUAAAAGUAUGUGUUCUCCAUCUUUAUUGUAUUAACACGUUCAGCAAUGGGUUGUAGCAAAUAGUGAUGUAGCAAAUGACAGUUCACCUAGCGUGGAUUAAAGAUUAGGUCAUCUGUUAUAUGUUUUUGAAGUAUUAUUUCAAAGUGGUGUUUAGAGUGGAAAAUUAGUGCAAAUUGCAAGUAACUGAUAGAAUAAUACAGUUAAUUCAAUAUAUUUUGAAGUUAUGGCUGAUGAAUGUGAUAGUGAAGGAAUUACGGAUUCUCCUAAAAAAGGACCGACACUGUCCACAAGUACGAGCAGUUUUGAAGCCCUUGACCCACAUGAUCCAAAUCUAAGUCGUCUGGCAACUACAAUGUUUCAGAAAACAGCUGAUUACCUGUUUGGUGAAUUGACAGCAACACAGGAAGAUUAUAGGUUACUGGAGGCAAUGAAUCGAGCAACAAUCUCUAAAUACUCAGAUAUGAAACAGAUUGCAGGCAAUGUGGCUCGUACCAUGAUUGAUCUGAAUGACAAGUAUGAGAGUCUGCAGCCUUAUCUGGAACAGAUAGACCAGAUUGAAGACAGUGUUACAAAGCUUGAACAAGCAGCAUACAAACUUGAUGCAUAUUCUAAACGUCUGGAGGCAAGAUUAAAGAAUCUAGAGAAGCGAUAGACACAUUUCAAGUGUUUACACCAUACUUGUGUGCCUGCAGCAUGUGUGUGUCCAGCUUGAUUUUCUUAAAAAUUGGUCAUUGUACACAUGCAGAAUAUAUUCUGUAUUAUCAUUCUCUGCUUGUUAUGUUUUGUUUGUGCCAGAGGUAGCCAGUAGAAUAAUAAGUUUUGUGUAGAUAUAAUUUUGUAAUAAGUAGGGUGGGUAUUAAAAAUUCUUGUCUAUUGGUAUAAAUCUUUUUGUCAUGUAUGCAUGCCCUAAUGUCAAUCACAUGGAGUCUUUUUUUAAUCUGUUGGUUUCAUACAUAUUUCUUGUUAAAUUUAGUUUGAGGUCUUGAUGUUACCAGAUAUAUGAAUUUUUGGUUUUCUGUAACAUAUAUGUACUUAUAAAUCAUUAGAUGACUUAAAUCAUUUCAUGGUAAAUUAGGAACUUCUGAUGUAAAGGGUUGCCAGUGUAACUGGUGUAGUCCUUGAUUUAAAUUCUGAUGACUUUGAGAAGAGGAAACCAGUCAUGUUGGAAUGACCAUUAAUAUUUGCGAGGGGUAUGAUGACUUCUAAGUCGAGGGAAGCUAUAAGUCACAGCUAAAAAGUUUCAAAUUUCAGGAUUUGUAGAAAUUGUUUUGUGUCAAGAAAGGGGAGUAGGCCAACCCAUAUAGAUGUGUAUGUGUGUGUGUGUAAAUUUUAGGUUUAGAAUGAAUUUAAGACUUCCAUUAUGAGGGACUUAGAAGAAGCUAAAGACUGGUUUUGAGGGAUUUUGCUGUAUGAGAUUAGUGGAAUUUUGUGCAAUAUUAUGAUACACAUUCAGUGCAAGACACUGAAAAACAAAUUUCAUAUUCAUUUUAGAGCACAUUUUUAGUCAUUGUUUUGAAUUCCCAUGCCUAACACCAGGGCUUUGACGCUGACUCCGACCCCGACUCCUUCAUAAAAGCUCAAUAUGUAUUAAUAAGGGUAAACCUACUAAAAUGGUAAAUGGCAGCAUAAGAGAUUUCAUCACCACUACGUGAAUCACCAGCCUACUUUUACGUGUAAUGGUUAUUGCAGAAAUCAGUUGAUUUGUAGACAGUUUGUAUUGUUAAGGUACCGGAGCCAAAGUAACAAAGCAUUAUUCCCACACAAUGUGGCUCAACGCGUCGUUGAAUUCCCUAAAAUGUGAGGCUGCCGGCGGCUCACACGGAAUAAAAAUUGUUUUUAAGAGUUUAUAUCGAGUUUGAAGUCGGUGUCGGUACAUUUUUGCCGACUCCACCUAACAUUGCUUCCGACUUCGACUCUGACUCCACAGCCCUGCCUAACACCAUUACUUGUAAAAAUACCUCAUUGAUUUUACCCCGUUUUAUUCUGGUCCUGAGCUUUAGAAGUUUUGUUUCACUGAUAAAUAUUUGCUUAUUGCCAUGUGAGGUUGAGUUUUCUCACAUGUUACAUGUAAAAGCUGAUUGAUAGAGGUUAAAUUUUGUAGUGUGUUGGGAAUGUUCAGCACCAGCAUUUGAAUGUGUAUGAAGCCAAUCCAGGCUUCUGUUAGUGUAUAGUAUGACCCAAGUGCUAAUGCCAAAUCUGAAAAAUAUGUAUUAGGGGAGCCAGUUGGAAGAAAUAAAGAAAAAUUCUAUAGUCAAAGAGA